UAUAUGUCAAUUAAGAUCUAAAAGUGUUUUAUUGUUAAAAAUACUCCAGUUGUGCCUGGAAAAUAGGUUUACAUACAUAUAUUGGGAAGCGGACAAAAUAAAUUUCAUUAGAUGGAAAAAAAUAAUGAGUUUUACUAGGUAUAAUUAGAUAUAAACCAAAGAGGGUUUUAUCAAUAUAAAUAUUUAGUGGCUGAUAAUAACGAAUAAAAAAAGUAAGAAAAAGGAUACAGAAAUUUCUAUUAUGGAAAAUAAAAUUUAUAAAUGGUGGAUUCCUGGAAUAAAAAAGAAGUAACACUUAGAAUUUAUACAAAAUAAUAAUCAAUUUUUGAUGGGCUUAAAAUUAAGGUCCAUUAAAAAUUUAAUUCAGAGGUUAAGAUUAAACAAUCAGAAAUAGAACUUAGGUAAAUUAAGCAAAAUAAAAGAAUUUAUUACGAAGGAAUCAUCUUUGCUGAAUCUGAUUUGAAUAUUUUAGAAAUUGAAUUUUUUUUUAAUGCUGUCGGAUAAAAUCCAAGCAGAUUAGAUUAAAAAUACAUGAAAAGUAUCGAGUUCUAUUAUACAAACCUCAAAACAGUUGGGAAUUAAUCAUAUGUUGAAAUUAAUGAGGAGGAGUUUGAGAAAUUGAGUUGUAAACCAAUUGUUAACGAAACAAAUCAAUAAAAAUUGAAUAAUUUGUAGAAUUUAUCUGAGAAUUACACAUUCUCUAAAGAAUUAUAAUAUGAUAAAAUUUAAACCCUCAUGCAAAUAUUUGAGACCAGUAUAAAAAAUUAUUCAGAGAAACUAUAAUCAAAAGAUAACUAAAUAAAAGAAUUAUAUUUGGAAAAAUUAUAACAUGAUGACUUUAUUAUUUAUAAUUAUAAGGAUGCAUUUGAACCAGAUGUUAUUAGUGAAUAUUAAAAUGAAUUUUAUUUGAUAGUUAAAGAUCUCUAAAAUAAAAACAAUUCUAUUUUUACUCAAUUCAAUUAAGACUUCUAUUCACAAGAGUAAAUGAUAUAAGAAUACAAAACAUAAAUUUUAGAGAACGAAAAAACAAUAGAUCUACUAAUUAAAAAAAUCAAUUCAGAAAAAGACAUAAAAAAGUAGAAUGUAAAACAAAUUGAAAAAUUAAAAGAUGAGAUUAAGAAAUAUUAACAACAUUUGGAUUAAAAAAAGACAGCUGUGGGAAAAUUAGAAGAAUAUUCAAAUGAAGAAAAGCAAAUCAAACAAGUAACAAUUAUAGAAAAAGAAAAAUAAUUUCGAUAAUAAAUCGAAGUGCUUGAUAAUGAAAUCUAAGAGUUUAAGAGAAAUAACGAAAGCUUAAAGAAUGAUCAUAAAACAAUCUCUAAAGAGAAAGAAAAUCUAAUGAGAUUAACAAACGAAAAGGAUGAAUAAUUAUAUAUUAUUAAAAGGGAAAAUCGCAAACUAACUGAAAACUAAGAGGAAUCUAAAAAAGAGUUGGAAGAAGCAUAAUAAACUUUAAAUAAAUAGAAUGAUUCUUUAGGAAUAAUUACCGCAAUAUUGAAGGAAAUUAUAUUUUUAUUAGUUAACCUUUGCAAAAACAUUCUAAAAGUGUUGACAUCAAUAAAUGAUCAAAACGAACAAAAAACAUUUAAUAUGGAUAUUGUGAAUCUUAAAAUUCAUCUAUCUUUGAUAGAAUAGGGUUUGUAAGAUUAUCUAGAAUAAAAAAAGACAUUAUAAUAAGUUGAGGUCUAUUUUUAUUAGGAAGUGCAGCCAUUAUUAAGAUAUAUGUGUAAUAGUGUCAGAAUUAAAUAGGGAAAAUAAAUGGAAAUAAGCAAUUCUUAAUUUUACAUGAUAUAAAUCUUUAAGGUUUUGAAGAAAUUUGAGUCAAUAUAAGAAAUUAUGCCAAUGCCAAAACCAAUACUCUCCCGAUAAACAACAGAGGUUUCUCUAAAGUAAAUUAGAUCUCCUUAUUAUCAUAAAUUAGGGAUAAAAGAAAAUCUAUAUAGUAAAGAUUGA